AUGGCCGGCGAGCAGGAACAGGCCCAAGAGGCUGCGGCAGCGCAGAAGGCCUCGGCCACGCAAAAGUCCGAUCCCGACCCUGAACUCGAGCCUGUCGCAACAUCUGCCGUCGCCAACGGGAGCGCGGGGGCGCCCAAGAAGAAGAAGAAGGAAGCCCUCAAGCCCAUCAUAACCACAGAAACUCCCCAGUAUUCCUUGAACCGGAUCCGGUUCUGGCACUCUCCCACUGCAUCAUUCCUUCGCCUUUUGCCAUUUGCUUUACGAGUUUCCCUUGUCAAACUGAUUGCGCUUUGCGCGCAAUGUCGCGAAGAUGAGCUUCAUCAAAACAAGGUUCUGCUGCCCGAAAUGUUGUACCUACCCGCCGCGCUGCCUAGGCCCGGUCGCGAAACCCUCAGCUUCCCCGCCAAUUUUGCACCGCCGUUUCUUUUAGCCCAUCAACUGUCCGCCAUGGCGUCGCCAUCGUCCCCGUCGUCAGACGAGCAAGAAAACACCGCCGACGAGGAAGACUCUGAGGACUACUGCAAGGGUGGUUAUCAUCCUGUCCAGAUCGGGGAGCGCUUCAAGGAUGGAAAAUACACAGUCGUGCGAAAGCUUGGAUGGGGUCACUUCUCGACUGUCUGGCUCUCGCGGGACAAUACGGCCGGCAAGCACGUUGCGCUCAAGGUCGUUCGCUCCGCCGCCCACUACACCGAAACCGCCGUCGACGAGAUCAAGCUCCUCAACAAGAUUGUCCAGGCCAAGCCCAACCACCCUGGCCGGAAGCACGUCGUCAGCCUUCUCGACUCGUUCGACCACAAGGGACCCAACGGCACCCACGUCUGCAUGGUCUUUGAGGUCUUGGGCGAGAACCUGCUCGGCCUGAUCAAGAAGUGGAACCAUAGGGGAAUCCCCAUGCCCUUGGUCAAGCAAAUCACGAAGCAGGUCCUGCUGGGUCUCGACUACCUCCACCGCGAAUGCGGCAUCAUCCAUACCGACCUGAAGCCCGAAAACGUCUUGAUUGAGAUUGGCGACGUCGAGCAGAUCGUCAAGAAGGUCGUUAAGAGCGACACGAGCGAGAAGGAAGGCAACCGUAACGGCCGCAGGAGGAGAAGAACUCUCAUCACCGGCAGCCAACCUCUACCCUCUCCCCUCAAUGCGAGUUUCAACCAAAACAACAUGUUCCCAUCGUCCGAGUCUCACAGCAGCCUCGGGCAGAUGCUGCACGAAGGCAAAUCCAAAGAAAACUCACCAAAGCGUGACAAGAGCGCCGACCAGAAGCAGCGUGAAAAGACCGCCGAUCUUCUCACCAGGGAAGUCUCUGGUAUCUCCCUCGACAAGGCGAGCAGCUCGUCGGCAUCGUCUGGCGAGAAGCGCAAGGCGGACGAUGGCUUCACACUCGAGGUCAUCAGCGUCAAGAUUGCCGACCUCGGCAAUGCCUGCUGGGUCAACCAUCAUUUCACCAAUGAUAUUCAAACUAGGCAGUAUCGUUCCCCCGAGGUCAUUCUGGGUGCGAAGUGGGGUGCGAGCACCGAUGUCUGGAGCAUGGCUGCGAUGACAUUUGAGCUCAUCACGGGCGAUUACCUUUUUGACCCCCAGUCCGGUACCAAGUACGGCAAAGACGACGACCACAUUGCUCAAAUAAUUGAGCUUCUCGGCCCAUUUCCGAAAUCGCUUUGCUUGUCUGGGAAGUGGUCUCAGGAGAUCUUCAAUCGCAAGGGCGAACUACGCAACAUCCACAGGCUUCGUCAUUGGGCUUUAUCCGAUGUGCUAAGAGAGAAGUACCAUUUCAAAGAGGAGGAGGCUAAGCGCAUCGCCGACUUCCUUGGCCCCAUGCUCGAGCUCGUUCCAGAAAAGCGUGCCAAUGCUGGCGGCAUGGCUGGACACGCGUGGCUCACUGACACGCUUGGCAUGAAGGGAAUUAAGGUUCAGGGCCUUGAGGUGGGAGGCCGCGGCGAAGGUAUUGAGGGCUGGGCAACAGAGAUCAGGAAACGGUAG